CGCGAACCAAAUAUUUUACAUAAAUUUUUAAAAAUAUAUGCCUGAAAAACAAAUACAACGUAUUUGCUACAUUAGACAACCAGUUAAACACACUAGAGAUUGAUUAAUAAAAAGAAGAACUGAAACUAACCUAAAAAAAAUAUUUUUCAUAAACAUCAAAACAUUAUAAGAUUUCAAAGGAUUUACUUGAUUUACGUUAAGUAAAAUAGAAAUAACACUUUUAGGAAAUAUUCGUAAUGGGUAAAACGAUACCACUGAAGAUCAAAGCGCAGUUAGAAAGCGUUGAAGAACUUAAAACAUGCCACCCAGAUUUUUCGUUCUCCCUCAAACUGAAAUGCACUGGCUGCGGUGAGAUAUCAGAUAAAUGGCACGAUGUAACUGAAUCUGAGAAAUAUCCGGGCAAAACAGGCCGGUCUGAGAAUAAUUACAUUGCAAAGUGUAAAAUGUGUGGCAGAGAGAACAGUCUAGACAUUAUAUCUGGAAGUAACGCUUCGUAUACAAUUGAGGAUUCUGAAAAAUUCAAAAGCAUAGUUUCAUUCGAUUGUCGUGGAAUUGAACCAAUUGAAUUUCAACCAGGUGAUGGCUGGAUUGUGAAAGUUGCAGAAAGUGGGAAAAUAUUUACUGAUGUUGAUUUAAAGGAAAAAGAGUGGGUUGAAUAUGAUGAAAAAAUACAACAAUCUGUUGGAAUAUAUGAGUUUGAAUCUGAACUUAAAUAAGAAUAAAAUAUUAACGUUAUCAUAAUAAAGAUGUUUUUAUAAACAAA